CUACAGAGUAUAUAUAGUACGUGAGUCGAAAAUGCGUAAAGAAGCAACGAACACACGUGUUUUGAUUUUUAUCUUUUAAACGAAAUUCCGUUCGGUAUAAUAUAAUAGGUUAUAGAUUAUAAUGAAUUAGCUAUAAUAAUUAUUAUAUUAUGUGCAUGGCGUUUGCGAGUUCACUAUAGUUAUUAUCAUUAGCUGCGACGACCUGCGAGGAUAUCACCGGACCGACUAAUCGACGUUUGCGAAAACGUUUUCUUCGGUGGAAAAGGAAAGGAUUCGGUAGAGUCGUUGACUCGACAACAAUUUUGCGAUGUUCUGCUGCGGUGCCGCCUGUGCAGUAUUAUAGCAAACGGUCGCAAACCGAUCGAAUUUUGACGGCCGAAUUCCUUUUAAAUUUCACUACCCCUCGUCAAAAUGAUCUUCUCCAACGUGAUCGGAGCUCUGACGUCGGAUUCAAACACGCUGUGGAUGGCGUUGCUAUCACUCGUGGUCCUCGGUGUAUACUUUUUAUUCUCCGACAAAUUUUCUGAGAACCAUGGACGACAGAUUUCACUAUUGCCGUCGAUCACUAAAAGCCAAUGGACCUCGUUGAUUGUGUCGCUAAAACUCGCUAGUUUUGGCCCAAGAGAUAUUUUGCCGUAUUUCGACAGCGUUAUCAAAAAGUAUGGUUCGCUGAUCCACUUAAAAAUCAUAGCGCGUCAUUAUAUCAUCAUAAACGAUCCAGACGAUAUAAAGGUACUACUGUCGAGCGUACAGCAUAUUACGAAAGGUCCCGAUUAUGAGAUGCUUGAACCGUGGUUGAACAAAGGGCUACUGACCAGCACUGAUCAAAAAUGGCAUUCAAGGAGGAAACUGUUGACCAACACUUUUCAUUUUAAAAUAUUGGAAACUUACGUACCGUCGCUAAAUAAGCACUCCCGUUCGUUGGUUAAAAAUCUCAUCAACGCAUCCGAAAACGAAAAAUCCAUAGCGGAUAUCGACUCCCAUGUAACUCUCUGUGCUUUGGACAUUGUGUGCGAAACAAUUAUGGGUGUAAAUUUGAGAACUCAAGAGGGUAAAUCGAUGAAUUACGUUAAAGCAAUCAAAAAUGUCAGCCAGAUACUAAUCAAACGCAUAUUCACGUUUUGGUAUUGGAACGAAAUCGUUUUCAACCUUAGUAGCAUCGGCAGAGAAUUUCGUAAAUCAUUAAAGUUAUUACACGAUUUCACUGAAAAUGUCAUACGGGAGAGACGAAAAAUAUUAGAAAACGUAGAACAAAAGAAGCCCGAUGAAAAUGGAAAGAAACGGAUAUAUUCGUUUUUGGACCUUCUUGUCGGUGUUUCCAAAGAAAAUCCUGGUGCGAUGACUGAUAAAGAUAUACGAGAAGAAGUGGAUACGUUUCUUUUCGAAGGUCACGACACGUCUUCAAUAGCCAUUACCAUGGCUAUAAUUCAUUUGGGGCUCGAUCAAAAUAUGCAAAAAUUGGUCAGAGACGAGCUUUACGAAAUAUUCGGCGACAGCGACCGGGACGCAACAAUGGAAGACCUCAAAGCGAUGCCAAAUUUAGAAAGAGUGAUAAAAGAGACAAUGAGACUUUAUCCGAGCGUGACGGGUAUCACGAGAACCCUCAAAGAGCCGCUCCACCUAGACAAGUAUACGAUACCUUCUAAAUCGGUGAUGGUCGUCGUCCCUCACCUAUUGCACCGCGACGAAAACAUCUAUCCCAAUCCGGAACAGUUCGAUCCCGAUCGGUUUUUGCCCGAACAGUGCAACGGACGUCAUCCUUACGCGUACAUACCGUUCAGCGCCGGCCCCAGAAAUUGCAUAGGUCAAAAGUUUGCCAUGUACCAGAUGAAAACAGUUUUGUCCACGAUCUUGAGGUAUACAAUUGUUGAGACGUUGGGGACGCAGAAGAGCAUCGUCAUCAGCACACAGUUGAUAAUGAGAGCGGAUUACUUGCCGAAUGUGAAAAUAACACCAAUCACGAAUACCGCACGUCAAAUUAUAUUAUAAUAUAUGACAUAUAUAUAUAAAGUUAACUAUUAAUCAUAGCAUCAUAAUAAUUUAAUCUAAGUGUAAAUAUCGUGUAACUAUAUAACUAUACAUAAUUUGCAUAUAACGCAAUAUAUUUUUCGUUUUUAAUAAUUUUAACUAUCCGCAUAGGCGCAACUAUGCGGGGGUUUGGUUCGGACCAAAUAUUGUAUUAAAUUGGAUUAUAGUCACGAAAAGUAUUUUCUUUGAUAUAAGGCAAACAAUUGGCUGUGUAAGACGAAUACGCUGCAAGACUGUUUUUCAAAUUUGGCUAUCGUUGAUAUUGCAAAAGACGUGUCAAUUUAUCACAAAGAGAGUCGAUAUAUUUGUAAAUGUAUAACUUUAGAGAUAUUAUACAAUUUGUAUUAAAUUAAAAUUGUUAUUUGUUGAUUAAAAAUAUUUAUAUGUGUAUAAUA